AUGUCAACAACAACAACAACGACAACUGCAGUAACAGAAACAUCAACAAGAACAGAAAGUCCAAAGCUUCCACUAAUUAUUUUAUUACAUAUCAUUAAUAUAUUGUGUAGCAAUAUAAAAUCAAAGAUCUUAUUGAAUAGAUAUCAACAUGCAAAUGCUGACAAAUAUAUACUUAGAGUGUCAUUAGUUUGUAAAUAUUUCUUUUCCAAUAUACAACGUUUGAAUAGAGCUUAUAUAAAUAGAACCUUGAUUGCUUUCAAAGACGAUGUAAUUAAUGGGAAGAUUAACGAUGACUUGUGUCUGUUUAAAUUUGUGGAUAGCAUCCACAUUGGAGUUGGCAAAGAUUCUCUAGAGAAAGAUGAACAUGCUCUAAACAAAUUGUUUCUCAGCAGUCAAUGGGAGAUUUGGAACAAAGAACAACCUAAAACAGUUCAUCUCUCUGUCAAGUGCUAUCACCUAAACUUUGACUUGAUCAAGGACGACUAUAUCACUCAUCUAGACAUAACAUACAAUCUCAACGAAGACUCUUAUCUCUUUCCUGCCAACUUGGUAUCUCUCAAAGUAAAGACAUUUGGCUCCAGGCGUACUGGUUUCAUUGAACUACUCUCACGAAUGUUUCAUGUUGAUAGACAACAGCUUCAAGUAUUUCAUUUGCAUUCCGAUGUACUUCCUCAAAUACUAAUUGAGGAAGAUGGAGUAAGCAUACUCUUUGACCGUCUCAAUAGAUUAGAGAAUCUUAAGGAGCUAGGUAUUAGUGACAACAAAUGCAUGGGUAGACUCAUCCAUUCAGACGGUUUAGACUUGUUUUAUGAUUCUCUUUUAAUCUUCCUUAAACAACACCAUUCAAUCAAAUCAUUAUACCUUAAUCUGUCUCCAUUUUCGAUGCAUACUAAAUCUAAUACCGAUCUAUUAGAUUACCUUGGUAGUAAACAUUGUACAAUUGAUAAAAUCAAUAUUCCAGAGUAUCAUCAUGUAAAAUUUAAUAAAGAUAAAUAA